AAGAUACCCCGCCGCGGUGCCCGGAGGUCGGAAGGCCGGAAGGCUGGCAGAGUUCCCGCGUGGGGGCGCUGUCACCUGUCCCGGGGAGGAGCCAGCAGGCGAGCGAGCUUGUCGCCGCGGCGAGGCUGCGGAGUCGGGAGCUCGGUUCCCUACCAUGAAGGGCGCCAAAGGCAUCGAGAACCCGGCUUUCGUGCCCUGCAGCCCGGACACCCCGCGCCGCUCGUCCGCGUCGCCCUCCCUGGUUGAGGUCUCCCACGCCCCGGCACAGGACACGCAGCCAACGCGACCGCGGGAGCCACCGGAGCCGCCCGCACCGCCCGCCUGCCCCGCGCCGCCCACAGCCCCGGCGAAGCCGGAGUUCGAGGAGGGACCGUUCGGGUGGGGGCGCUUCGCCCCGCGCUGCCUGCAGCGCUGCAACACGCCCGCCGGCUUCUUGCUGCACUACUGCGUCCUAGCCGUCACGCAAGGGGUUGUAGUAAAUGGCCUAGUAAACAUCAGCAUUUCCACUAUUGAGAAGCGAUAUGAAAUUAAGAGUUCCCUGACUGGCCUGAUUUCAUCCAGCUACGAUAUCUCCUUCUGUCUGCUGUCUUUAUUCGUAUCCUUCUUCGGUGAAGGAGGACACAAGCCAAGAUGGCUCGCGUUUGCAUCCUUUAUGAUAGGAUUGGGAGCAUUUGUAUUUGCCCUGCCACAGUUCUUCAGUGGAGAAUAUCAGCUGGGGUCCAUUUAUGAAGAUACUUGCUUAGCCAGAAACAGCACGAGCUGCACGUCUUCGAGAUCUUCGCUUUCUAACUACCUGUACAUCUUCAUCCUGGGCCAGCUGUUGCUGGGGGUCGGGGGCACCCCUCUGUACACCCUGGGCACAGCCUUCAUCGAUGAGUCUGUGCCCACACACAAAGCUUCCCUCUACAUAGGGAUUGGCUAUUCUAUGUCGCUCUUUGGCCCUGCCAUCGGCUACGUGUUGGGAGGACAGCUGCUAAACGUAUACAUUGAUUUUGCUGUAGGACAGAGCGUUGAUAUCACUAAAGAUGACCCUCGAUGGCUGGGGGCUUGGUGGAUUGGAUUUCUUGUGUCCUGGAUCUUCGCUUGGUCUUUGAUAAUACCUUUCUCUUGCUUUCCAAAACAUUUACCAGGUACAGCAAAAAUUCAAGCUGCAAAAACUUCCCAGACACAUCAGAGUAAAAGCAGCGCCUUAUCACAUCUAGAUGAGGAUUUCGGGCAAACUAUUAAAGACUUUCCAGCAGCUCUAAAGAAUUUGAUGAGGAAUACUGUCUUUGUAUGUUUAGUUCUGUCAACGUCUUCAGAAGCCUUAAUUACUACUGGAUUUGCUACAUUUUUGCCUAAACUUAUAGAAAAUCAGUUUGGACUGACAUCCAGCUUUGCAGCUACCAUUGGAGGAGCUGUUUUAAUUCCCGGAGCUGCUCUUGGGCAGAUUCUCGGUGGUGUCAUCGUUUCAAAGUUCAAAAUGACAUGUAAACAUGCCAUGAAGCUCGCCUUGCUCACUUCGGGAGUCGCCCUUGUGCUGACGUUUUUGCUAAUUUGUGCCAAAUGUAAAAACGAGCCAUUCGCAGGUGUCUCUGAGUCCUAUAACGGGACAGGAGAGCUGGGGAACUUGACGGCCCCUUGUAAUGCCAACUGUAACUGCUUGCGAUCUUAUUAUUAUCCACUGUGUGGAGGAGACGGAGUCCAAUAUUUCUCUCCCUGCUUUGCAGGCUGCUUAAACUACAUUUCGAACAGUGAACCAAAGAUAUAUUACAACUGCUCCUGUGUUGGAAAGAAGGCAGAAAUUACGUCUACAGAGAGUGCGGACUUUGAAGCAAGAGCUGGAAAAUGCGAAACUCACUGUACCAACUUGCCCUUAUUCCUUGGCAUUUUUUUUAUUACAGUGAUUUUUACCUUUAUGGCUGGCACUCCUAUAACUGUGUCCAUACUGAGGUAUGUGCUGUGGAAUUUUCGUUCCCUAAGGCAACACGUUGAGUGCAAAGGAAAUUACCCAGAGGGGCCAGUAUUGACCAUCGGUGAGCAAAGUCAGCCCUUAAAAUAAGAUGCUCUUUCUAUCAUUAGGAAAACUGCCCCCAAGGACCUCAGAUGUUUCAAGCCUGAAUUAGAUAGUGUGUGUGAGAGGACAGGACACUGCCUGUCUGGCCGUGCUUGGUGCUAGAUUUUCUGGUUGUUUUAUGAAGAUUCAGUGGUGAGCUGCAGAUAGGUACGCUGCA